AUGCGGCACCCUUCUUUGCCCCUCCCCUGCAUGUCAAAGCUAGUGCCCACAGCUGCAGUGGUGGUGGGCGAGGGCGAGUGCUACGCGCGCGAGGAGGAGAGCGCGGUGGUGGACGACAUGGUGAAGCUGGCCUACCUGCACGAGCCGGGCGUGCUGCACAACCUCAUGCAGCGCUACCACCGCAACCUCAUCUACACAUACACGGGCAGCAUCCUCAUAGCGGCCAACCCCUUCAUGCGUCUGCCGGGCAUCUAUGACCGCGACAUGCGCGAUGCCUACCGGGGCCAGCCGCUGGGCGAGCUGAGCCCCCACGUGUUCGCCAUUGCUGACAACGCCUACAGAGCGAUGCGCGAGGAGAGGCGGAGCCAGUCGAUUCUGAUCAGCGGGGAGAGCGGGGCGGGCAAGACGGAGACCACCAAGCUGGUGAUGGAGUACCUGGCGUCCGUGGGGGGGCGCGCUGACAGCGACGGGGAGAGGAGCAUUGAGAACCAAGUCCUGGAGUCCAAUCCACUGCUGGAGGCGUUUGGGAAUGCCAAGACCGUGCGCAACGACAACUCCAGUCGCUUUGGCAAGUUCAUAGAGAUCCAGUUUGACGAGCGCGGCCGUGUGUCAGGAGCAGCCAUCCGGUCGUACCUGCUGGAGCGGUCGCGAGUGGUGCAGAUCGCCGACCCAGAGAGGAACUACCACUGCUUCUACCAGCUCUGCGAUGGGGCCUCCCCUGAGGAGGCGGAGCUGCUGAAGCUGCCGCCCGGCCCCAACAGGGCGCAGCACUUCCACUACCUGAACCAGAGCCGGUGCUUCGAGCUGCAGGGCAAGUCCAGCAACGCGGAGGAGUACGGCAAGACCCGCAGCGCCAUGCGUGUCAUUGGCAUCUCCGAGGACGAACAGAUGUCCAUCCUGUGCCUCUUGGCAGCGGUGCUGCAUCUGGGCAACGUGGAGUUCAGGGAGAAGGGAGACAAGCUGCGCAUCGCCAAGCACGCUGACGCCACCCUCGAUACCGUCGCCUCACUCCUCUCGUGCGACCGCAAGAAGCUGCAGGACUCCCUCUGCACGGUGAAGCGCAAGGUGGGGGGGGAGACCAUCAAGAGUGCUCUCGACGUCAAGGCCGCCACCGUCCGCCGUGACACGCUCGCCAAAACACUCUACUCCAAGCUCUUUGACUGGAUCGUGCAGAAGGUGAACAGUUCCAUUGGGCAGGACCCCAGGGCCAUGGCCAUCAUUGGCGUUCUGGAUAUCUACGGCUUCGAGCACUUCAAGAUCAACAGCUUUGAGCAGUUCUGCAUCAACCUUGCCAACGAGAAACUGCAGCAGCAUUUCAACCAGCACGUGUUGAAGCUGGAGCAGGAGGAGUACGAGAGGGAGCAGAUCAACUGGAGUUACAUCAACUUCCGCGACAACCAGGACGUGCUGGACCUCAUUGAAGGGGACAAGGGCAUCCUCAGCAUCCUCGACUCUGCCUGCCGCCUGGCGCAGUCCACAGCGGAGGGCUUCACCCUAUCACUGUACGACGCCUUCCUCAAGCAUGACCGCUUCACCAAGUCCAAGGGCUCCGUCACUGACUUCACUCUUGAGCACUACGCCGGGCAGGUGAAGUACAGCACGUUGGAGUUCAUAAGCAAGAACAUGGACGCCGUGGUAUCAGAGCACGAGGUGCUGCUGCAGAAAUCCACCGACCCCUUUGUGGCUGCCCUCUUCCCGCCCGCGCCGCCCGACGACAAGGCCGGCAAGGCCACCAGCAAGUUCGCCUCGCUGGGCCGCUCAUUCAAGCAACAACUGGCACAGCUGAUGGAGACACUCAACCGCACAGAACCGCACUACAUCCGGUGCAUCAAGCCGAACGCAAAGAGCCGGCCGGGCAUGUUUGAGCGAGCCAUGGUCACGGACCAGCUGCGGUCGGGAGGAGUGUUGGAGGCCAUCCGCAUGUGCUCCGCGGGCUACCCCCACGCGCCGCACUUUCGAGGACUUCGUUGA